GGAACACAAUGACAGAACAGCCACUAAGAGUGGAUAUCUGGAUCAGUACGUGACCAAUAUGACUAUCAACGUCGCCCAGGCAUCCGCUUAGACUAUGCAAAGAGGCUCAGCCGCAAUCGUGGCAUGCCCAGGCUUGAUCUUUCUGUUGCGCUCAAAUAUUUCUUCAUUCAGUCUUCAUUCCGACUUCUCGGCAACGCACCUUUUCUCAGUAUCAUCCAAUGGCGAGAAGCCGCCUUGAGGUCACGAUCACACCAGUCCCUGGAGACUAUCAUCAAUCCCAAUAUGGUUCUUGGACCGCUUGACAAACGAUCCAUCCGAACUCGAUGCGAAGCCUGCUCGAGGCGACGAAUCAAAUGUGAAGGAGGCUCACCAUGCGCGUACUGCAUGAAGAAGAAAAUCACAUGUGUACCUCCUGCACCAUCGAAGAGGACCGGGGUAGUCUUCGUCAACAAAGCGCCAUCUCAAAAUUUUGUCACAAACUCCGAGCAGAUCAUCUUGGAUCAACAGCUUGUAAUACCCAAAGUGGUUGAUAGGUUACAAUCUGCUGAUUUCAUUGCACGUUUCUUCUCUGUAUUCAUCGUUCGGAAUGAUUUCUCAGGCGGCUCCCUAGACAUGGAUGCCAUCGUGACGAACUUUCAAUACUCGCCAAGUCUGUACCAUGCGGCAGUGGCUGUUGGUGCGCUUGAUGCAAGUAAACACGCGCUACCACCUGCAAAAGAGCGGAGAGUCGCUACUGUGGCUGCAUUGUCGUCGUAUAAGACGUCGCUUGUUGCUUUUCAAGAAGAAAUCCAACGUCGGGAUAUCAGGAAGAAUGAUGCUGCGUUGUGGACGACGUUGUUUUUGGGAUUAUUCGAGCUCAUGUCCGAUUUCUCCGGCGAGGGCUGGGUGAAGCAUAUCCUAUAUGGGACAUCUCGAAUGCUCCAAUUGCGAGGCCCCGAGGCCCACCUCACCGGUAGAGGCCGCUCGUUCUUCCUCACAGUCCGGAUUUUUGAGAUCUCGCGCGCAUUGGCAUUCUCGGAGUCUACAUUCUUGAACGAGAGACCAUGGGUUGAACUAAUGGAGAAGAUGUGGCUGGAGGAUGCUAGCGAUUGGCAUCCGAAGGAGAAGAUGUAUGACUUGAUGUUAGAAACGCAUGCGCUGGGUGAGAAGGUUUGGGACGUUGUGAAAGAGGAUACAGACUUACCCUCCCACAUGAUAGACGAAGCGCUCACGGAUCUUGGCACGGCAGGAUUGACCAUGCGAGACACUAUUGACAAUUGGCAUACAAGUUUCCUGCAGUCCUCGUACGCGAUAGAGGAUGAUCCGUGGUCAUUGCUAGCAAUCAUCUACUACCAUGCCAUCUCAAUCUAUCUCACAGGAAUUUUCGACUACCGUCCGCAGUUCGACAUGAUACCUUACCCAAGUUUAUCAUACUCAACAAUUCAAGCUCACGUCUACUCAAUCAUCUCGCAGACAAAGCUAGCAUUAAGUACAACCAAUUUAGCAGGCGCCUUUCUCGUAUUCGCAUUGCGAGUAGCAGGUGCAAGAGCUGUAAACGAGGAGCAAAGAGUGGAUAUUUUGCAGAUGCUCGCCGAGAUUUCGACGAGGAGUUUCGUGGUUGCGGAUGCAUUUAGGAUGGAUCUCGAGUAUGUGUGGAGUGAGACUGAGAGUAGAAAGGGAAGAGCAUAGGAGACUCUGGGACUGAGCUUUGCUCUAUCCACCACCUUCUCUUACCAAUCUCCUCAUCUCCUCAUCAUAGAUCGCUCCCUCCACACUCCGCCUAAGACCCUCUUCCAUCCCACCGGGCUCAUAUCCCAACCUUGACCUCGCCUUCUCAAUACUCCAAUUGACGCCUCUAGUCAACUCCUUGAUAUCAUAUGUCCCGACCUGCGGUCUCUUCUGGCCUGCGCUAAAAAUGAAAUAGAAGAUCUCGUUCAUCCAAGCCGUCACGAUAACCAACCAGAAGCUGACAUGCCGUAUAUGCGCUUUCUCUGUCCGAUCGCCAGCGAUGUACCAGAUUUUGCGUGCGAAUGUAUAAUAGGACAUAGGCUGGCCGUCAGUGAUGAAGAAAGCCUGUCCUGCUACCAUGCGACCGUCGCCAUCCAUACUCGUCAAAGCCAACUGCGAGGAUGAAGCAAGCAGAGUUUUCCCACACAAUACAUGCGCCAUCACCGCAUUCCCCACAUACACAUGUUCUAAAACAUGCUUAUCAGGACCGAUCUGCAUAUUCUGCUUCCCCUGCCUCAUCAUACCCAGGAUACUCGGAAUGAGUCUCGGAUCACCCUCUCCAUAUACAGGCGGCAACCUCAGAACGGCCGUCUUGAGACUUUCACCAUUCGCUGCCAAGACAAGCGCAUCUGCAAUCCCUUUACUCUUCUGAUACGGCAUCGCGGCGCUCUUGUCAGUGAGCAACUUGCAACUCUUCUCAGUCAGCUGCUUGUUCCUCGGAUCGGUCUCUACAGCCUCAAAACUAGACGUGAAAACUAGUGCUUUCACAAACGGCAGUCUACUCGCGCAUUUCAGCAGGAUUUGCGUGCCGCGCACGUUGGUGGUAUUUUGUUCUUUGAGAGGGGCUUCUGGUGGUGCGGAGGCGAGAUGGAAGAUGAUGCGGGGUUGGAUCUUGAAGAGAAGUUCGCGCAUGCGUGUUUCGUCGCUGAUGGACCCGGUGAAGUAGGAGGCGCCGGAAUGUUGGU